CAACAGUUACCAUGCGCAGCAUCGUGCACGUCACGUUUCUAACAAAACAUGAGUCAUACACAAGUAGAGCCGCGGACGGGCAUGAUCUUAAAAAUGAGUGAAUAUCCUGUUUUACCACCAGAGGUUAUUGAACUGAUCCUGGAAUUCCUUCCGCUUAGAGAACGGCUAGCUACCGCUGCUGUAUGCAAACAGUGGUACGAUUUGGUUUUCGGAACCAAGUUUUGCCGUCAGCGGCUGGUUUUACGCGUGGAACCCGGCAAUAAUCUGGUGCAACUUCAGCAGAACAACAGCUUACUCCUCGAACGAUGUCGCGCGAUGCACCUGCAGCUCAACGGAAUAGACGACGAGGGUAUCGUUUUGCUCAAGGACUUACUGAUGGCGAACGCUACGAUGUUGCGAUUGUCGGUUGUUGGGAGUACUCGGGAGUUGAAAUCAAUCUUGGAAGAUACGCUUCCGGGGUUGGACCAGUUGAUCGGGUUGGAAAUACAAAUACGGGUGGAACAAAGCCCGGAGCCGGAAGAAGUCACUUCAGGUGAACUCGGGGAGGUUCCUUCAGAAAAUGAAGAAGACCGUGUUCUAAACAUGAUAAGCGAUUGUGGCGGAGCUUCAACAUUCAUAACAACAUUGAACCUAGCCAAUAGUAGCAUUAAGUAUCUUGCACUAAAAGAUACAAAUUGUGAUCAAACGUAUAUCGAUGGAAACUUUCCGUCAUUGACAAAUGUUUCAAUGCGUAAUAGUGUUCUUUGUUCGGCGUCCGAUGAUGCAUUCGAUUUUGAAGAGUUGAGUUUAUCACAUUUUGAUGGUAGCACGGAAAGCGACGACGAACCAGUUUCCGACGAAAUGGCUCACUUGAAAAAACUUUGCCUCGCAAACACUAGCAUCGAUUCAAGAAUGUUAAGAUUUUUGGCACUAACCGAGCUACGUUUGGUCGAAACAAAAACAGUUUUCGCAUCGUUACGAGAUUCGAUAUCUGCGAUGAAGCAGCUUCUAAAGUGGGAACUGAUUGAUGUUACGUUUCAAGAAGACACGCUGCCAAACACAAGUUUCACCUCGGACAGUAUUACCAACUAUAAAUUUUACUGUGCAAAAGAUUACACAGUUCAAGUGGACUUUCCCAACUUGGAAUGCCUUUCCUACAUUUCUACCUCACAAGUUGCGCCCAAAAUGUUUGAACAGAUUUGGAUCAACCACCGGAAACUUCAACGAUUGUCGUUCGGUGUCUGCGAAGGACAAAUUGGCAAAUUCCUCACGAAGUCAUCCAUCGCCCACAUCAACAACCUUCCCACGCUUAAAAUCCUCCAACUCGUUCGAAUGUCACUGGACAGCGCAGACUGGUCCCAGUGCCGCCACCGUAACCAACUUCAAAAGAUCAGACUCGUUGGCUGCCCAAUCGAUGGCCGUGGCGCCCAACAACUUGCCGCGACCUUCCCCGAACUGCGUGAACUGUUUCUGGACCAUUGCCACCUGCGACAACCGACCGACGCGUUCGAAAUUGCGGAAAACUUUUCGGAACAGCAAGCCCUGAGGCGUCGGUUGGAACGUUGCCGCGUUUCGUACUACGAUUGUCACGUGGAAGAUUCGCUAGGUUCCUGUUGAAAUGAGUACCUACACUGGAAGCAAUGUUCACUGAUCAAUUCUCUACAAAAUCGGUCUUUUUUCUUUAAUUUAAUUUUCUGUAUUUUUUAAUCCGGCUGAAAUUUUUUUUGAUGCCUUUGUUAUGCUCAAAGAAGCCAUUUUGCAUUAUU